AUGAGUGAAUCAAGAUCUAAUCAAAAAGCUUCUUUACCAUCAAAUCCGUUCAUAAAUAAUAAUAGUACAACAACGGUAUCAUCUGAUAUUAUUCAACCAAGGCGACGGAUGGUUCAAAAUUAUUCAAUCCUCUGGUUAGAUGAGUGUAUGGAUGAAACAAAUAAAGAUUAUGAAAAUAUUUUGGCACAAAUACGAACUAUCGCCGAGAAUGUGAACGUCUUUAAGCAACGAGACGAAUGCAUCGACUUUCUUACAGAUGUUCAAGAAGACAUUAAGUCUUUCCUCAUUGUAGAGAAUGCUAUUGUACAACAACUCAUGCCCCUCAUUAAUGAUAUCCCUCAACUGGAUAGCGUUCAUGCCUUCAGUAGCAUUAAAACGUUACAUGAAGAACCAACAAAACAAUGGCCAAAAAUCAAAAGCGUUUAUGUCAACAUCGAUGACUUAUACCAAAGAUUACAACUGGGUGUUAAGCAAUACCAUCAAGAUUCAGUUGCUGUGAGUUUUAUUCCAGUAAAUGAAAUAGCUCCAACUGAUAAUUUAAAUCAAUUGGAUCCAACAUUUAUGUACACCCAAAUAUUCAAGGAUAUUCUUCUUAACAUGGAACAUGAUAAACAGGCCAUCAAGCAGUUUAUUGCUUAUUGUCGACACAAUGACUGCGUGUCGCCAAUCAAUAUUGACCGUUUCGAUAAGGAAUACCAUGUUCAAUUAGCUAUCUGGUGGUAUACUUUUCCAUCGAAUAUCUUUUCUAUGCUUAAUUAUGGCCUUCGAACAUUGGAUGCCGAUAUAAUUAUUACGAUGGGGUUCUUUCUACGAGAUGUACAUCAACAAAUUCAACAGCUGUAUGAACAACAGUUCAGUGUUUAUGGCGGAAAGCCUUUUUUAGUUUAUCGAGGACAAGGUCUUAUGAAAAUAGAUUUCGAAAAACUUCAGAAAACAAAAGGUGGACUUAUGUCAUUUAACAAUUUCCUAUCCACCAGUAAAACUAAAGAUGUGUCCCUCAAUUUUGCUCGGUGUGCUUCAACAAACUCGGAUACGGUAGGCAUUCUCUUUAUAAUGUCCAUUGAUCCUUGUUUAAAAUCAACACCAUUCGCCUCUAUCAAAGAGCAGAGUUAUUUUAAGGAAGAAGACGAAAUUCUCUUCUCAAUGCACACUGUCUUUCGAGUGGGUACCAUUAAACAAAUCGACAAUAAUAAUCAACUUUAUCAAGUUGAACUACAAUUAACAUCAGAUGAUGAUCAACAACUACGAUUACUUACUGAUCGGAUACGAAAAGAAGCUUGUGGUGAUUCUGAAUGGCAGAGACUAGGUAACUUAUUGCUUAGAAUCGGUCAAUUUAAUAAAGCUGAAGAACUUUAUACCGUAUUACUCGAACAGACAUCUGAAGAGGACGAAAAACAGCACUAUUAUAAUCAGCUGGGAUUUGUUCGUACAAAUCAGGGUAAUUAUGAGAAGGCUCUUUGGUAUUACGAAAAAGUACUUAAAAUUAAACAAAAAACUCUUUCUUCAAAUCAUCCUGAUAUAGCUACUUCAUACAACAAUAUCGGUAGUGUGUAUGACAAGAUGGCAGAGUAUCCGAAAGCAGUUCUAUUCUAUGAAAAAUCACUUGAAAUCUGUCAAAAAACUCUUCCUACAAAUCAUCCUUUAUUGGCUACUUCAUACAACAACAUCGGUUUGGCGUAUAACAAUAUGGAAGCGAAUUCGAGAGCACUUUCAUACUACGAAAAAGCGCUUGAAAUUCGAGAGAAAACUCUUCCUUCAAAUCAUCCUGAUAUAGCUAUUUCAUACAACAAUAUCGGUUGUGUAUAUCAUCAUAUGGGAGAGUACCCAAAAGCGCUCUCAUAUUAUGAAAGAGCACUUGAAAUCUAUCAAAAAACUCUUCCUUCAAAUCAUCCUUAUUUGACCAGUUCAUACAACAACAUCGGUAGUGUGUAUGAACAGAUGGAAGAAAAUUCGAAAGCACUUUCAUCUCACGAAAAAGCACUUGAAAUCUUUCAAAAAACUCUUCCUUCAAAUCAUCCUUUACUAGCUACUUCAUACAACAACACGGCUAAAGUGUAUUACAAAAUGAAAGACUAUUCGAAAGCGCUUUUAUAUUAUGACCGUUCUCUGGACGUAUUUCAACGUGCGUUACCUCCAACCCAUCCUCAUAUAAAAAGUGUGAAAGAGAAUAUUGAAAUUGUAAAAGAAGAAAUUAAAAAGAAUAUUUAA